AUGGCAGUGAUUAUGUUCCCUCGUUAUAUCAUUCCCUUUUUAUUGGGUUUGAUAUUAUGUGGUGAUGUGAGUGAAGGCAAUAUCCCACCGCAUCGGUGUGACUUCGGUAAGUUGAUGAAAAACAUGAGUGUGCGGGAACCUCCAGUGGUGGAUGAACCUCCAGUACCUAAAGGAGAUCUGGUGCAUGCGAUUGCUACGAGUUCAACGGCAGGAUGGCAUCCCAUCCGAGUUCAGGUGUUUGACUUUGACAUUAAAAACCGGAACAAAUAUUGCGAAAAGGAAGGCCAAGUUCGCUCUAACUUCAGGGACGCAUACUACGAGUGUACAACUGCUUCUGUGCUGACAAAGGAAAAGAAAGCUCUUCUGGCUGUUGUUAUACCGGAUGCAUUGAAGAUGCACACUGAUCGUCUCAUGGUACAACCAGUUCACGACCCAAUUAAGGUUUAUGAAAAACAAACAUUUUGCAAUAACUUCAGCAUUCCCAGAGACCACUACACUACAGGUGUCUCCGGUGCUGAUAUGGUGUUAUAUGGUGCCGCUGGUCCAAUGGGUUCACCUGCAGCAUGGGCAGGUCCGUGUUCGAGGGUAAGUGGUCAACGCCCUACUGUUGGUGUUUUCAAUAUUGGACCUGAAGUGCUGACCUCUCAUGAUAGUAGUAUGCGUGUGACGGCACAUGAAAUUGCUCAUGCUCUUGGAUUUGGUUUUGAUAUCAUGGAGGAACUGAAGCUUGUGGAAAAGAAAUCUGGCAUCCGUGGUAAGAAUGAUGUAUGGGUUGUGACAUCACCAACUGUGGUAAAGAAGGCGCAGGAAUUUUAUGGUUGUAAUGAAAUUAAGGGUGUGGAGCUGGAGGACGAAGGUGGUGACGGUACGAAAAACUCACAUUGGGAGCGUAGGAUUGCAAUGGAAGAGAUGAUGACUGGUUUGAAAAGCAGCGAUGGAGGCCGUUAUAGUGUGCUAACUAUGGCAUUAUUUGAGGAUAUGGGUUUUUAUAGAGCCAAAUGGGGAAAUGAAGAAGAUAUGCAUUUUGGUAAAGGACGAGGCUGCGAUUUUCUGGAAAAGAGGUGUGUAGAGAAUGGAAGGAGCAACUUUCCUGAUGUGUUUUGUACGUCAAAGGCCAGGGACACUGAGAUCUUUUGUACAUCUGAUCGUGGUGGGUUGGGGUCAUGUGCCAUUCAGACACAUGAGUCUCCAAUACCUGAGCAAUAUCGAUAUUUUGCUGACGAAAAGAAAGGUGGUCCCGCUGAACUGCUUGAUUACUGCCCUUACAUACGCCUCUUUUCGAAUACCGGUUGCACUGAUGGAAAUCCGAACGUAAUGCUGGGAAGUCGUGUUGGACCUAACUCACGGUGUGUCAAAGGAACUCGGCUUAGACUUCAAAAAAAAAAAGGUGUUCCUCUUGCAGAUAUAUGUGUUGAAGUGAAUUGUGAGUCAGAUAUUCUUCAGGUGCGUUUUGUUGGUGAUAACCGUUGGUAUGAUUGCCCUGAGGGAAGAAAUGUGACAUCUAAUGUGACAUUCUCCAGCGGUUCUAUUCAGUGUCCUGAAAAGUCUGAGUUGUGUGCCUCGAAGAUUCUGAGGCGGAUCACAGUCCCCUCCGCAGUUGCCUUCCCAGUUACCUCUCCAGGGCCUUCAACAGGACCUUUCGCAGCGCCUUUCGCAGAAACUUAUGAAGGGGCAUCUCCGACGUCUUCUACGGGGGCUUCUGAAGAUUUUUCCGAAGAAUAUUCUGAAGAGUCUUCCCAUGAGGAUUCCGAGGGGUCCUCCCCAAUGACGCGACAGUUGACGGGUACAUCAUCAUGGUCAGCAUAUUCAAGUUAUUUAAUGUGGAAUAUGCUACUCUUCGUUUCUUGCUUUUCCCUAUUAUAA